AUGCAACCAACCGAGCCAGCUCUUUCUUACGACGUCUACCAGCAUCCCAAGGCUAUUGCGUACCAGCAACAACACCCCAGACGGUCUCUGCCGAAAUUUGGUCCAUAUCUGCUCCUCCAAACCCUUGGCGAGGGAGAGUUCGGCAAGGUCAAACUCGGUCUACACGAGGAAUGGGGCGAGGAGGUGGCGGUCAAGCUUAUGCGCCGCGGUAAUGUUGACAAUCAGGUCCGCUUAAGCAAGGUCGAGCGCGAGAUAGAAGUUCUCAAGAAACUCAAACACCCCAAUAUUGUCAGGUUGUAUGAUGUGAUUGAGACGGACAAGUACAUCGGCAUAAUUCUAGAAUACGCUUCAGGUGGCGAGCUCUUCGACCAUAUUCUUGCCCACCGCUAUCUCCGAGAGAAGGACGCUUGCAAGCUCUUCGCCCAGCUCAUAUCUGGCGUUUGGUAUAUCCAUCAGAAGAAGAUCGUCCACCGUGAUUUGAAGUUGGAGAACCUUCUUUUGGACCGAAACCGCAAUGUCAUCAUCACCGACUUCGGAUUUGCGAACCGUUUUGAACACAAGGCAGACGAUCUCAUGGUCACAUCUUGCGGAAGUCCUUGCUAUGCUGCACCCGAAUUGGUCAUCUCAGAGGGUGCGUAUGUAGGCUCGGCUGUCGACGUCUGGUCUUGCGGUGUCAUUUUAUACGCUAUGCUUGCUGGCUAUCUUCCUUUCGACGACGAUCCGUCUAAUCCGGAUGGCGAUAACAUCAACCUGCUCUACAAGUAUAUCGUUUCCACUACUCUGACAUUCCCAGAUUAUGUUUCCGAAGGUGCACGUCACUUGCUCGGCAUCAUGCUUGUUCCCGAUCCGAAAUACCGUGCUUCUCUGCAAACAGUCAUGCAGCACGAAUGGCUCGCUCCCUACCUGAUCGCCGGCCUGGUAUAA